CUGACGAUGGAAUCUGCUGCUGUCGAUGAUGUCGGCGGGGCUCAGGAAAAGGUAUAAGAUGGUGCUGCGCGCCAAAGGCUGAGGUGUUUGUUCAACACUACUCCUCCAUCGCCUUCCUACGUCGUUCUAUCUACUAUUAUGAAAACCGCAAUCGCAACCGCAGCAGCUGCUGCUGCUAUGCUAUCUACCAUGGCCAAUGCUCAGGCAUUCACCUUGAAAGCCCUUACUCCGGCUGGCACCAACAACAUUCCCCUCGUUGCAUGGAACGGCAUGUUUAUCGGUGCCUACCCCGGCAACAGAACUACCGCAACCUGCCCAUCCUACGACCCUAACUGCCCAGGAAAAGAUACCACCAUCUUCUCUGGACCUGUUCUUGGCAAGGAGCCAACUCAACUGUGGCUGGGUAUCUUGCAGCAGGGCGGUCAAAGAGUUUACAUGCACGAACCUACUGGAGCACUCGAAGAACGUGCAGGCUACGGCCAGUUGAUCAGUUACACGGCGGCAGGCAACGACGAGUCCGCCAACGUCCCUAUGGUCGACAAGUUCGAGGAUCUCUUCAACAUCAUCGAGUAUCCUGAUGUCAGCAAGGGAACCUACGGUGCAAAGGAAGGCGAUCUCGUCCUGGCUCAUGGCCCCAACAACGACACUUCCUUCAAUUUCUGCACCGAGACCAUCUUUGCUGAGGGCACCAACUAUGGCGGCUACACUUCGAUUUUGUCGACCAUCGGCAAAUACUGCUCGCCUAUCAAUGUUGGCGUUGAAUACACCACUGUGGAUGCUCCGCAGUUCUACAACUGUGAGGGCUGCGAGUACAGAAGCAAGAAUGGACCUGCCUGCGAGCCUCCCUUCUGUGGUAGUAUCAAGAAGAGAUACCAAUGGCUCUAAAACUGCUAGGUAACUACUUACUGGACAGAAAUUGGGUCAAUCGAGUUUGCAAGAUCUGAUGAGCAGUCAUUUCA